GGGUGUGUCCAAACAGAGGACAGAAAGGGGACUCGUUCCACAAUGGGAGACAGUUUUCGCGAGCAGCUGUUGGAGGACACCGCCUUCCUCAGAGCUGAGCAGAGACUGGACACAGAGCUGGUGGACAAACUCAUCCUGCAGCUCAACAGAAUCUACCCGCAGAUCCUCACCGACAAGGAGGCCACGAGAUUCAGAAAUUUGGACGUACCAACAGGCGUUCGCCUGGGUGAGCUGCUUACACAUCUCCAGGGGAAAGGCGAUGAAGCCUGCAGGGAGUUUUACAGAGCGCUCCACCUCCAUGUGGAGGAGGUAUACUACAGCUUGCCAACACGGCUACGCCUCAGAGAUUCUUUGAAUCCACUCCCAAGUCCACAGAUCUACUCGCAGAGAAACGUUCUAAACGACAGAGGUCCUCUCUUUUUCCUAGGCUGUUUCGGCUUUGCUGUGGGAAUAGCUUUUCUCUAUUAUUAUGGCGAAGCGAAAGUUUCGGGAGGCAGCCGGGCUCUUGGAUUGGCCGCCCUCGGUUUGAAGAGAAAAGCGCAAGAGGUCCUUAUUUGGUACGCCGAAGAGGACAUAAUGAAGUAAUAAGGGUCAUCUCUAUACAUGGUGCGUUAGAAUUUCUGACACUGCAAAAAAUAUUUGUUUUUUUUUUUAUUUUGUACACAUUAUGAACUAUGCAAAGUAUGUAUUAUUUGUGCUACUGAUCUGAAUGACAAGGGGAGACACAUUUGACACUUAGGUCACACUUUAUAUAUUGCUAAGUGAUUUAGGGAUUAAUACACAUCAGGGUAAUACUGUGCAAAAAAAUUAUGUAAAUUAUUUUUAUACAUAAAUUUAGCUAAUUUUAUGCUAAUUAAAAACUAUCAAGGUAUGAUGAAUUCUUAUAUAAAAGCACCAACCUCUGCAUUGUUUUGUUUGUUUUUUAGCUGAUGAAAUGUUAGGUUAGGUUGUUGGUUUUAAUCUAUACUCAAUGUAUUUCUGUAUGUAAUUUACAGUCCAUUGAGACGACAUUUUAAUAUUAUAUUUUAGAACAACCACAAACUUUAAUAUAUAUUAUUGGAAUUCUGUGUGACAGACUAAAACAAUAUAGUUUAUAAUUAUAUUUAUAAUGACUUUCAACUUUUUUCUACCAAUGAAAAUCUAAUCUUUGUCAGCUUUGCACACAUAGACAUGGAAAUAUUUUUCUAAUUCUUUUCUGCCAAGUUUCUCAAGUUGUGUGAGAUGGGAUAAAAGUGUAAGACUUACUAUAAAUUAUCAAGUGUAUGUUUAUGUGUCUGCUGCAAGAUGAACCUCUGAUCAGUGUCUUUUGCAUCCCUUUGCAAGUUUUCAUCCUCAAUCUCCCAGACUUUUGUUCCAUCUAUCAUCGACUCCACCCGUCUUCCAUGUUUCUGCUGAACAAAAGUAUCCUCCUACCACUAUGUUGGUUGUGACAUAGUGGUAACAUUUUGCAUGUUGGCCAAAAAAUAUGUAGGUUGGCAUCUCUAACCAAAUUUACUGUGGUUGUUAAUUAAUGUUCUCUAACAAUACCGUAAAACCUUCACAGGACAGCUGUGUUCAUAGAAAUUAAAUUACACACAGGUGGAAAAGAAAAAAAA